UUUUAAGUUUAUAUUUAAUUUUGCAUGUAUUUGGAAAAUUCAAAAUUGCGCGCAUAAAGAAAAAUAAACAUACCUACAAUCUACAUUGAUAUUUGAUUAAGUGCGUUAUUAGGUACUUAUUCGUGAAUCGUGUGUGUGCUGCUUUGUAUUUUGUUCGAAGUUUUUGCUGGAUUCCUCGAAUCAUGUCAAUCUGGCGCGCCGAUCAGGAUCCACCUACAGAUCUCCUCGAGGUCUUAUAUGGAGAUGAGGACGAGAUUUUUGAUGAAGAGGGUGGAUACGACGGAUCAGAUCUGAGUGAAACGGACCUGGAAGACGAGGACGACCCAAUGACCCCUCCACGAGCAGUGUCCCGCGAGAGGUCACGAUCGCCAUUGUCGUUUUCGUCAAAAUCUGCCACGGUGCCUGCAGAUGGCGCGGUUUUGCGGACGUUAGACGAGUUCGGUGCCCCGGUAGCCCCGGAUACCCACCUAUUGUAUGCGUCAACUGGAGAGCGUGAAAGAGAUGAACGGAAUCGUAGAAGAGGAACGUGUGAGAGAAGGAGUGGCCGAAGGGGAGUGAGGGGUGUGCGAGGACAGAUUGCACGUGGGGGUGGGGAUCCGAACCUGGCCCAUAAAGGAGGACGUCAGUGGAAGUUAGGACAGCCACUCCGUGAAAUAUGGCCCCACGAUGACGACGUUCCACCUGAAUUGUUAAGUUUGGCGACGGAUGACGACGGACGACAGAGGAGCUUGCGUGGUGAUGCCUUGGUCGAUAGUACUGAACGAGGAAGGGUUGCUAGUGAGAGCGAAAAUGAGUUGGAAUAUUUCGACGCCAGUGAUGGAGCUGAUGCUCUCUAUAGCCUGGAACGCCAGAACCUUAACUUUGAAUGGUAUCCUAUGGAGACCUUUCAAGGUCGAGAACAAAAUUUUCAGCCAGAGCGUACUGGUUCGGUUCGGGUUUUCGAUUCAGCCUAUGACGCUUUUCGAUCCUAUUGGAGCGAGGAUGUCUUAGGUUUAAUAGUGGACGAAACGAACCUUGCCGCUUCGAAAGUUCCUUCUGCUGCAUUCCAGGCCGAAUGGUUCCCCACAAAUAUGCACGAAAUUUUAUGCCUCUUUUCGUUCUGGAUGAUGUUGGGGAUCGUCAAAAUGCCAACUAUUACUAGUUGUUUUUCUGUCGAUCCUCUCCUGAAAACGGAAGUUUUCAGACGCAUCUUUACACGAAGAAGAUAUGAAAUGUUAAGUAGAGCAUUACAUUUUGAAGAUUUCGACCCCGUUAUUGAUAACCGAAAUCCCUCCAACGCUGGCGCCAGAAACUUCGACCCAUUACACCGUUUGAGACCAAUAUUAACACAUUUAAAUUCCGCUUUUCAAUCAAAUUACAUUUUAAGUAAAGACAUUUCUAUAGGUGAAAGCCCUACACUUUGGAAAGGCAGAUCUAAACGGUAUAAGCGGGCUAAAGCUUCUAAGUUUGGGAUCAAAUUAUUCGAGCUUUGUGAGAGCACCACCGGUUACCUAUGGUCGUUCAUUGUUCACACCUUUAAUCAAUCCGCAACAGAUCUGGAGUCGCCCGGAGCGCUUGAAAGCACAGCUGUUGUGAAAAAGCUCAUUGAUCCUCUACUAAACAAAGGGUAUAGGUUGUUUAUGGACAAUUGGUACAAUUCCCCCCUAUUAGCUAGAUUUCUGAAGCUCCAUGGUACCGACUUCGUUGGUACUUUUGGAUCUUCCCGUCGCGACGUUCCCAGUUUUAUAAAUAAGGCUCCUCUUAAAAGGGGAGAGUACAUCGCCAGACAUUCUGGCGAUGUCACUGUUUUGUCAUGGCAAGACAAGAAACGAAUAACCAUGAUUUCCACUUGUCAUGGUUCAUCUACAGCCUUGCCUACAGUCUCUUCUAGACCAUCAUCUCGGAAAGUCCCCUUUGAACCACAAGUGAUGCUGGAUUAUAAUAAAUUCAUGCGGGGUGUAGACGUGAAAGAUCAGAUGUUGGAGCCUUAUUUAUUAGAAAGGAAUCGUUGCAAAAAAUGGUGCAUGAAAUUUUUUAAACGCUUUCUAAGUGUAUCCAUUCUCAACUCUCGCAUUCUUCUACAUUCAUCUACUCAAAAAAAUUUUGAUGAUUUAGCUUUCCGCCUUGAGCUUGUAGAUCACAUCCUCAUGAAUCAUCUAUCACAUUGUCCGCAAAGCCGUAGAUUUACAGUGUCUAGCAGUAGAUCUACGCACCAUCAACCUAGUAGAUUUAACCUUUCUGCACAUUGGCCUAUGUCAUUGGAACCAACAGAGAGCACUUUAGCAUGCAACCGGAAAUCCAGGAAGCGUUGCUUUGUUUGCCUGAGAAAUGGCAAAAAAAAUCAAAAAACCUCAUACUGUUGCGAAUCCUGCCGCGUGCCAUUGUGUAUAAAGGAUUGUUUUAAGGCUUAUCAUGCAUCACCACCAUAAUAAAUUUCUUACUAAUUGUUCAUAAACCAAUAUUAAAAAUCCCGGCGAGAAGAACCGGCGUAAGGAACUCACAUUCGCAUAAUAUUGUGAUUGGUAUUGUAUGAAAACAGA